CGGCGGAUGUCGAGGCAGAUGCUUGUGACAGAGCCGCGCUCGCGCCGAAGGCAGAGCCGAUGCGCGGCGGGCGGCAGGAAGAGGCAGAGACGGUGAACGGCGCGCCUCCGCUCCGCUUUUAAUGGAGCGUCCGAGCUCCUGAAGACGGCGAAGAGCUGGGGGCCGGCGUGCGAUUAAAACAAACAAAUAAAGAGCCAAAAUGUUCAGAAAGAAGAAGGAACUCAUUAAAACUAAUUCAAUAUCAAAAAGGACUGCAGGAAACCCUGGAGCUCACAAUUUAUCCCUCUCUGUUCUCCAGGAGCAGUCCCCUCGUGUUAAUGCCUCUGAGUCUUCUCCAUGUACUGCUCCUGGAUCCAGCCACACGGAUGUGUCCUGCCCGUCCAGCUCCGGCAGCCCCGGCUCCACGAUCCUGCACAGCCGACUGGCUGGCUGUCCCUCCCCCGGGGCGACUCUGCGGAGGCCCACCUCCCUCAGCCGGCACGCCAGUGCUGCCGGCUUCUCCCUUCAGGCCACUGGCAGCUGGGGCUUCGGCAAGGGCCAUGGCAGGGUGCCGACUGCCCAGAGCCCCACCCUGGAGGUCACUGAGGGCGCACCCAUCGAAGUGGAGGACAUCCCAGCCCUGCUGAAGGACGUGGCCCGCUUUGCAGAAGCCGUGGAGAAGCUGAAGGAUGUGGUGGUUGGAGAGGAGAAGCAGGAGAGCCGGCGGGCCGCGGCCCACGAGUGCCUGGGGGAGGUCCUGCGGAACCUGCGGCAGAUCAUCGGGACGUACCCACUGCUGAACACUGUGGAGACGCUCACCGCGGCCGGAACACUCAUCUCCAGGGUGAAAGGCUUCCACUUUGAAUCCUGCACCGAAGUCGACAAGAAGGAGUUCGAGAAGGCCAUCGAGAUGAUCGCGGUGGCCUUCAGCAGCAGCGUGUCGGAGCUGCUGAUGGGGGAAGUAGACAGCAGCACCCUGUUGGCGUUGCCACCCACGGAGAAGAGCAGGUCAAUGGAGAACCUGUAUGGAGUGGCAGGCCAGGGGACAGACACGCCUCUGACAAAAAGCGAUCAGCCAGACGCCGCUCUGAUUGCAGAAGAGGUGGACAUCAUUCUCCAGCAUAGCGAGGGGGGUGUGGAGUCGGCCCUCACCUACGCCAAGAGCAUCUCCAAGUACAUGAAGGACGUGAUCAACUAUGUGGAGAAGAGGAUUGGACUGGAGAUGGAGUUUUCCAAGGGCCUGCAGAGACUGUAUCAAUCUUGCAAGCACGGUCUGGCGCAGCCCCACAUGCCCUUCUUUUCCAUCUACUCGCUGGCACUGGAGCAGGACCAGGAGCAGAGCACCAGCAUGCUGCACUCCUCAGUGUCGCAGCACAGCCAGACCUUCCUGCAGCCUCUGUCACACCGAAAGCAGGAGCACGAGAAGAGGCGCAAAGAGAUCAAGGAGCAGUGGCAGAGGGCCAGGAGGAAACUGACUGAUGCUGAGGCUAACCUGCGGAAGGCGAAGCAGGCCUACCUGGCGCGCUACGAGGAGUACGACAAGGCCAAGGCGGUGGCCAGCAAGGCCGAGGAGGAGCAGAGCAGCGCGGGCAGCGGCUCAGGAAAGGCCCUGGAUCGCAAGAGGCGGCUGGAGGAGGAGGCCCGGAAUAAGGCUGAGGAGGCCGAGGCCACCUAUCGCACCUGCAUCGCUGACGCCACCACCCAGCACCAGGAGCUGGAGGACGUGAAGGUCAACGUGCUGCGGCAGGUCCAGGAGCUCAUCAAGCAGAGCGACCAGAUCCUGCGAGCGGGAACCAUCUCCUACUAUCAGAUCAUGCACGUGCAGACAGCCCCCCUGCCGGUGCACUACCAGACGCUGUGCGAGAGCAGUAAGCUGUAUGACCCGGGUCAACAGUACGCUGCUCACAUCAAGGACCUGCAGAUGCCCGGGGAACCUGAAACCCAUUACGUCUUCGAGCCUUACAGCGCCCCCUGCAGCCAAUCGGGGGGCCGAGCCCGCCAUGACAGCUUCAACACGGAGCGGCAGAGCAGCACCGAGACCCCACCCAGCUCCGGAGAGGGAGCCUCCGGGGAGGGGGGCAAUGCUGUCAAGGACAAGCCCAAGAGGGGGCGAGGCCACCAGACCCACAAAUCCUGGCCCUCGACAGUGAGUGACACUGACAGCGUAGGUGGUGACGGCCUGGAGUCCCCGGCAACCAGCACAGGUGACAUCACCAAAAUGGCCAGGUCCCCCUCAACAGGGACCAUGUCCUCCACGGAGGACCUGAACGAGAAGGAGAGCGGGGUGGGCUCGCUGGAGCAGAGCAUAAACGGGAUCGAACCUGAAAUGGUAGUGCCGACUGGGCCCUUCCGCAAUGUAGGACUGUCCAAGGCCGCGCAGACGCAUCGACUGCGCAAGCUGCGCGCACCGUCUAAGUGCCGGGAAUGCGACAGCUACGUGUACUUCCAGGGGGCUGAGUGCGAGGAGUGCUUCCUGGCCUGCCACAAGAAGUGCCUGGAGUCACUGGCCAUCCAGUGCGGCCACAAGCGGCUACAGGGCCGUCUGCAGCUGUUCGGCAGGGAUUUCUCUCAGGUGUCGGCGAGCAGCUCCGACGGCGUGCCCUUCAUCAUCACCAAAUGCAUCCUGGAGAUCGAGCGGCGGGCGUUGAAGAUGAAGGGCAUCUACCGGGUGAAUGGAGUGAAGACGCGGGUAGAGAAGCUCUGCCAGGCUUUCGAAAACGGCAAGGAGCUGGUGGAACUGUCCCAGGCGUCACCCCAUGACAUCAGCAACGUACUCAAACUCUACCUCAGACAGCUUCCAGAGCCCGUCAUGCCAUUCCGGAUAUACAACGACCUGAUGGGCAUGGCCAAGGAGAGUAUGAAGGGGGAGGCGGCCGAGGGCGUCAGGGGCCCGGAGCUAGCGGACCUGGGCGCGGCCACAGAGCCCGAGGCGCUGGUGCUGGUGGAGCGUCUGCGGGUGCUGCUGCAGGAUCUGCCCGGGCCCAACCUGGUCACUCUGCAGGGCAUCAUCCGGCACCUCUGCAUGAUCGCGGCACUGGAGCAGGAGAACAAGAUGAGCCCAUCCAACCUGGGGAUAGUGUUCGGGCCCACGCUGAUGCGGCCGCGGCCCACGGGGGCCACCGUGUCCCUGUCCUCGCUGGUGGACUACCCCCACCAGGCUCGCAUCGUCGAGGCUCUCAUCGUUUUUUAUAGUCGCAUCUUCUCAAGAAGCAGUGGCCCUGUCCGGCCUGCCGCCGCCUCCGAAAGGAACAGCCAGGACCUCAGCGCUGACAGCAGCAAGGAGAGCGUGGAGGAAGGGGAAGAAGCAGCCGGAGCAGAGCAACAAAGCGAGAUACCUUCGAAGGACUUGGUGGAGGACCUCUCUGGAAACUCCUUGGGAUCCUCUGGCUCUCGCGAGAGGUCCCUGGAUUCAGACUCUGAUCUUGAGGAGAUGGCUGGUAGCCCCAGGGACACGACCACGAGUCCCAGUCUGGCGAAGCAGGCUAGUGAGACGAGCACCGAGGAUGAGCACCUGAGCCCCAGGACCAGCCUGGACCUGUCAGUGCAUCCCCCGCCUCUCCCCUCAAGCGAACCCCCCCAGGACGCAGAGAGCUCCCAGCCGGACCAGGACGCUUCCAGCCCUGAACCCUGAGCUGGCAGCAAGAGAUCAUCCAUGAUGAGUCCAACCUUUUGGAAACUGCAGAAUGUGCCUUCAAAGCUUUCAUAUCUGCAUUUUUACACAUUUUUACCAUCUCGUCUCACGUAGGAAUUUUGAAACGCGCCUUUCACCUUUGAGCAUCUGUUCUCAGAGGACACUGAGGACAUCGCAGUGCUGUGGGAGCCCAAACUGCUGCUGUCAGCGAUUUGGAGCAGAAGAAUCUGAAGCAGCUUACAUAUUAGCUUAUUCACAUCUCCCAGAGCUCAAGGCGAUUUAGCCAGUUUUUUUUUUCUUUCGGAAAGCAGUUUGCCAUCUUUUACAUUACAUAAUCGUCAAGGUGCCGAUCCUGUAAGUCUAAGUACUGUCCUACAUGGAUUCCGAGGACCUGGUAUGAUAUUUGUUGAAAUUCUUGAAGAGCUCUCGAACUGCUCGUGCUUUUUAUGAAAUCGCUUGUUUUCCUUUCCAUUUUAUGCAGUCCGUACAUCAGUCUUACCUGCGAGAGGACAGCAGGGCACUGGCGUGUGUUUUGCUCUGCUGGGUUGGAGCAGACAUCCUCCCUGCAGCAUAGCUUUCUGUGAAAUCGCUAGGAGGAGGUCAUCCUUAAGAGGCCGAGCAAGAAAUGUGCGGCAUAUACGUACUUAACGUUUUGCUAAGAAACUUCCUCGUGCACUCAGCUUCUUUUCAAACUAGAGGAACUACUACUGCCCUAGUAUAUAGUAAUUCCUGAAAUACUAUAGUAUGGCCCAAUAGUACAUGGAUUCAUGUAAGUGAAAGAAUUGGACCCAUGAAUAGUGUUUUCAGCAUGAGACUUUUGUGUUCGCUGUGUUGCACCCUAUUACAACUUCUUGAUUAGUCUAAGUUUAACUCUCAUGUGCAUACAAUGGUACUUCAGAGAAUUAAGGAAUAUGAGAUUUUACAUAAUAAAUUGUUUGAGUGUGUGUGCAAACUUGGAAUUUUCCAACUGUAAGAGCUGAUAAAGUAAUGUAUGGGUAACAUCUAUAUUUAUUGCUUUUUAAGAAAAUCUUUAAAUUACUUUUUUUAUUGACAUUUUAUGAUAACCGUUAUUUCAGUCAUUAUUAUGCAUACAGUAUUUUUGUACUAAAUUUCUGUACAAGUAAACAAUUUUUAUGUACAUAAAAUAGGCAAGACUUUGACUGUACUUCUCGCUUUUCAAUUCUUACUAAAAUGAAAAAAAAAAUCAUCCAGUUUGGUUUUCCUUCUUGAACACAGCAAAGAGUUGUUUAAAAAAAUCUGUAUAAAUGACAACAGAUUACAUGUAUCUGGAAAAUAAAACUCACUGAAUAUUUUA